AUGCAUCGCGUGAGAGCAUGGGCACAUUCGUCGGCUCACAGGCACAACUUCAACCCAUGGUCGCCCGGUCGUGACAGUCAAGUCUCUCCGCCGAACACGAGUCCACCGCAGGGUGACGACUCGACAAAGCAGAAACCCCCCAAAGGCUCCAUUCUCAGUCGCGUCGUCGCCAAUGUCAAAGUCGCCCUGUUCCACAGCUGGGUGAAUGUUCUACUUGUUUUUGUGCCUGUGGGCAUCGCCAUCCACUUUACUGGAAUCAACCAGAAUGUAGUCUUUGCUCUUAAUGCGGUCGCCAUUAUCCCCUUGGCUGGCCUUUUGACAUUCGCAACUGAAAGUGUUGCGCAUCGACUUGGGCCUACAUUGGGAGCUCUCCUGAAUGUCAGUUUUGGAAAUGCAGUGGAAUUGAUCAUCUUCAUCGCCCUGGUCAAAAAUGAGAUCCGCAUUGUCCAGGCUUCUCUUAUCGGCUCACUGCUUGCCAACCUCCUUCUCAUCUUGGGUAUGGCCUUUUUGAUCGGUGGCCUGGAAUUCCAGGAGCAGAUUUACGACAGCACUGUGACUCAAAUGUCGGCUUGCUUACUGGCGCUGGCAGUCCUUAGCUUGCUGAUUCCGACCGCCUUCCACGCGUCGUUCAGUGACCUUCAGAAAGCUGAUCGUGCUGUUAUCAAACUCAGCCGAGGGACUUCCGUGAUCCUACUCAUCAUCUACGUCCUCUAUCUGCUGUUCCAACUAAAGUCUCAUGCGUAUCUUUACCAAGGAACUCCACAACAUAUCAUCGAUGAAGAAGCAACGCCAGGAUUUCUUCAGCGUUUCGACUCUUCAAGCUCUUCCUCGGCCAGCUCUUCAAGAUCCUCGGUCACAAGUGCCGGCUCACAUCGACGUGUAAGCAAGAGACUCAGGGCCAAACUGAGCAGGAGACGCGAGGUGAAGACUGAGGUGGCGACUGAACCAGACAAUGGAGAAGGAUCCAUACAGUUUGGACAGAAUGUGAUUGAUAAUUAUGCUGAAAAGACUGCCGAGCCAGAGGAAAUGAAGUCGCAAGAUGAAUUGAAGGAAGAAGGGAUGCCAACGAAUCCCCCUGCAGCUUCGGCCAAGGACAAGAAACCGACUGUCGGGCCUCGCGGACUCUCUUUCCGGCCUCCACCAGUUUUUCGAUCGUCCACACAUCCUUCUCCCAAAGGCAGAGACGCAAAUUAUCCUUCUCAUCCGCUUCGACAUUAUCAGUCAGCACCCAACGAUCAGCAAAGUCCAGCCGUUGCUCGGAUUGCACGCCGCUCUACGCCGAGAAGUCCCCCCGCAGAAGAAGACGCUCCUCCCAUGAGCCAAACUGCAUCGAUAGUCCUCCUGAUUGUCUCCACUGCUCUUGUUGCACUCUGCGCGGAAUUUCUUGUCGGAAGCAUUGAACAUUUAGUGGAAAAUUCUCCCUUGUCCGAGGCGUUUAUUGGAUUGAUUAUUCUGCCCAUUGUUGGAAAUGCUGCGGAGCAUGUCACGGCAGUGACCGUGGCCGCCAAGAACAAGCUCGACCUUGCCUUGGGCGUGUCGCUCGGAUCGUCCAUUCAAAUUGCGCUCUUUGUCACUCCAUUCGUCGUCAUUCUAGGGUGGAUCAUGGAUAAGGACAUGUCCCUCUACUUCAGCUUGUUCGAGACCGGGUCGUUGUUUGUUUCGACUUUCAUCGUCAACUUUCUCGUUCUGGAUGGACGCAGCAACUACUUGGAAGGUGCGCUGUUGUGUGCGUGCUAUGUGAUCGUGGCAGUGGGAGCAUAUUUCUUUCCGGACGGGCAGGACCAAAGUUCUUUGACCAGCGGUCCUUCGACUUGA